AUUCAAAUUCCUUCAUUUAGAUUAUUGCAGUCUUGAUUGCACUAAAUGUAGUCGUCACCGGGAGGCUUAAUCCAUCCCGCGGAAAAGUUAAAUGGCCCGGAAUCCGGCUGGGUGAAGCGAUUCUCACCUCUGAAAUGACGGAGCUUAUUCCGGUUGACGACAUGUUGGAAGAGAAUUUGUUGAGGGCCUUGGUAAUUCCUACUGACGGCAGUGGAGGUGCUCCAAUUGAAGAUUUCGAAAGGUUUGAUGAAAAAGCCAGUGCCAGAAACGCUUCUUAUCACUUCCGGAGUGACGUCAGAGACGGAAUCAAAGGCGGACAACUACACCGCGAAGAGACGCGUCGAGGAGCUCAGGUCAACGGAUCUUAUUCUUAUAGCGAUGGCUUUGUCUUGCGGACGGUCGAGUACCAAGCGGAUGAGAAUGGAUAUCGUGUCAUCAAAGAGACGAUGAGACGCAUUGGAAAUGGACCGAAAGAGAACGUCGCCGGUGUGGCUAAUGUCCAGACGGAAGCCCAUGGAAGGAAGAACCGCUACACAAUCAGAGGAACCAAUCUGACUGGACCAUCGAUCCCUGGAACUGAAAUCGCUCGAAUCAUAUCCAAACGACUAUAAAAUAAUGGGAUUAAAAAAUUUGAUUUUAAGUUUGUUUUUUUGUAAUUUUAUUUUUUGAAUUUUUCUUUACAAUGACGAAAUCAUAUUACAAAAUAAACAAAUUCACAAACACGCACAUUCAAUAAAAAGUGAAAGGUAGAAAUCGAAUUGAGGUUCAUUUUGCCGAAGAAAUGAGGAAAAGCGUCACGGGAUUGGUCAAUGGUGUAACGAACAUAACUUCAUUUAGUCAACGCCCGCAACGAAUAAACAAAAGAAUGAAGAGAAUAUCAUAUAAAUAUCCACAUAAUUAAAAAAAAAAAAAAAAAUGGGGACACACACACAUUGUUUUUUUAUUUUUUCAGGAGAUUCCUAAAAACUGUGUCGGAUUGUGAGAAAAAAGAUAAUAAGAGACUUAAGUUCUUCAAGUGUAUGUGUGUGUCUGUGUGUAGGGUGAGGUGUGUGUAUUGUAAUAUCGGAACGGAAAAUUCGAUUUUGGAACUGAAUAAUUCACACGAACAUGAAACAAAUUUGAGGGAGCAACGGCAAGGAAUUGGGUUUGAAA